AUGUCGGAAAUAUUGAAUGGACGGAUUGCAUUCUCACCUACGACAUCCACCUGAUGCGCUUAUUGAAUUAUUUGUGUGAAAAUCAUCGAUUCAUCGGCCCCGUAUAGUUCCUGUUCAUUCUUCGUCGAGCGCGUUGGGCCGUAAGCGUGGCUUAACUGGCGGUUUGUUGGCUUCGCGACAAAUUUCAUUACAGGUCAAGCACUCGGCAUUUUUAAGCGCUUAUUAGUGGCGCAGGGGGCGAUUAGCCCCGGUACAUUGCGGGCUUCCCUACGUGGGGGGAUUCGAGGCAAGUGGGUAGUGAGGAAUCCCGGUGCAUACCUUUCCGUUUUUCGAACUCGGUGAAGAAUGGUCGUCACCGGGUUGUCCUAUGACAGUUCGACGUUUAACCGGUGUUCCUACAGUUCCGUGAAUUUCGGGGACGACGAUGAGUGCAGAAAAUGCGGAAGAUACCGCCAUAAGUGCAAACUUAUUUGUAAGAGCCGGUUGAUUAGAAUAACCAUACUAACCCUGAAGGUGGUGAUAGUACUCAAUUUAGCCCUUUUCGUUUUAAUACCAGUUAUUUUCAAAUUCAGUUAUACACUUCAGAGGAAAGCAGUAUUUUUGAAUUAUGGUCCCAUUAGCCUCAAGAUCGCAGCUCUGUUGAACUUUAACUUACCGAGGAAUGAUAACUACAGUGAUCCGAAAUUGUUCGGGUUAGAUGGAGCAAGAAAUCUCCUACUGGACAAUAAUGGUGUUAAGCUGGGAGUCUGGCAAAUAUUACCUUCUCGUUUAAUCGUAGAUCGUACUGACGAGCAAUAUUUUGAAACUGCUCUCGGUAAUGGUCAAAAUGUAGUAUUGUACAAUCAUGGAAAUGCAGGAAGUAGGGCCACUGGACAUAGGGUUGAACUUUAUAAAUUUUUGAGGAACUUCUUUCAUGUGAUAGCUUUUGACUACAGGGGUUAUGGCGAUUCAUCUGUCGAUCCACCACCAUCUGAAGCUGGCGUGGUUGAUGACAGUGUGUUCAUGGUGAAUUGGAUUCGUAGCAAAAUACCACCUGACGGUCACUUGUUCCUGUGGGGGCAUUCUCUAGGAAGUAGCAUAACAUUGGCUUCUGCGAAGACGCUCAAGAAAAAUAAUUAUGUUCCUACUGGCAUUAUUUUGGAAGCCCCAUUCAAUAAUAUGCAUGACGAAGUAGCGGAGUUUCCCCCUACUCUGCUGUUCCGUCACCUCCCUUGGUUCGAUUCCUGUAUAGUUGAUCCUAUUAUAGAAAGCGGUUUUCGCUUCCAAAGUGACGAAUACAUCCUUGAUGCAGAUUGUCCAAUACUCAUUCUUCAUGCAGAAGAUGAUGGAACGGUCCCUUUUAAAUUAGGCAAAAAGCUAUACGAUGUAGCUUCUGAAAGAAGACUUGAAAGUCAAGGUACCGUCCAACUUCAAACAUUCCCGAGGAAAUUUCAUUAUGGUCACCGGUAUAUUGUGGCUGCUCCGGAACUUUCAGAUAUCGUACAGAGUUUCGUAAGGAAUGCAAUCAAUGAAACAAAUACGUUACAACUCUAAAUUCAAUCUAUUUAUUAACCUUCAAGAAACCUCUUUGUUUUGUUAUUUAUUUUCUAGUUUUUACUUCGGUGUUUCGUGAUUUUCUUAUUGUGAUCAUCAGUUUUCUUUUUCAACAUAUUGAAAUAAAGUUCUAAAAUUGUUA